AUGACCCCGCCCUCCCAGAGUCCGGUUUUGGGGUCAUUAGAAUUUGUGGCUCCGUACCUCUUCAUCGCAGACUUGGGGUCGCUGCAGCCCAUGACAGAGGCCCAGAGCCCGGCCGUGGGGUCACCUCAGGCCACGGGGUCCCUGCAGCCUGUACCGCAAGCCCAGAGUCCGGUGAAGGAAUCUCUGCAGCCUGUGACUCAAGCCCAAAGUCCGGUGAUAGAAUCCCUGCAGCCAAUGGCUCAAGCCCAAAGCUCGGCUACGGUGUCACCACAGGCCAUGGGGUUCCUGCAUCCCGUGACUCAAGCCCACGGCCCAGCAAUGGUGUACUUGCCGCCCAUGACCUCUCAUGCCCAGAGCCCGGCCAUGGGGUCACCUCAAGCUUUGGGGUCCCAUCAAUUCAUGACCUCUCAUUCUCAGAGCCCGGACACAGGGUCCCUGCAGCCCAUGACUCAAGCCCAGAGCCCGGUGAUGGGAUCACCACAGGCAAUGGGAGCCCUGCAGCCCAUGACCUCUCGAGCCAACAGCCCGGCCACAGCAUCCCAGCAGCCUACAGCACCACCCAUGAAUCCGGCCGUGGAGUCCCUGGAGCCUGUGCGUCAAGCCCACAGCCCGGCCGUGGAGUCCCUGGAGCCUGUGCGUCAAGCCCACAGCCCGGCCGUGGGGUCAGCACAAGCCAUGGCUCCCGAGACGCAGGGUUCAGCAGAUGAGUCGCCGCGAGGUGCCCCAGACCAGCCGCCUCAACCCUCCACCUCGCACGCCCCAAACCCCUGA